AUGGCUAACUCGCGGUUCGAGUAUGUUAAGCAGUUCGAACGAGAAAACUUUCUUCUUCCUCAAACCCAUAUAGUCAUUCGAGUAGAUGGGAAAGGUUUCCAUAAGUUCAGUGAACACUACCAUUUUGACAAGCCCAACGAUGUCCGGGCACUCAAUGUCAUGAACACUGCUGCUCGUGCCAUGGUGUUACAGUUUCCUGACGUUCUUUUGGCUUACGGUGACUCCGAUGAGUACCUGUUUCUUCUACGAAGAUCAUGCGACCUUUUUGAGCGGAGGGAGAUGAAGCUUGUAUCAACAUUUGCGUCAUUUAUGUCUGUUCACUAUGUCAUGGCCUGGAAUGCUGAGUUCCCCGAGAAACCCGUGGAAAGUUCCCGGCUCCCGACGUUUGAUGCCCGAGCAGUGGUUUAUCCAAAUUCUCAGACUGUGAGAGACUAUUUCAGCUGGAGACAGGUGGAUUGUCACAUUAACAACUUGUAUAACACGUCAUUCUGGAAUUUGAUAUUGAAAGCGGGCAUGACGGGCCAACAGGCAGAGCAGGCACUCAUGGGCACGUUGGCUAGCGACAAGAACGAGAUAUUGUUCAAGCAAUGUGGAGUCAACUACAAUAACGAGCCAGAUAUGUUUAAGAAGGGCACUGUAAUUGUGCGGGAAUAUGAAGCGUGGACUGGUGAGGGAGAAGAACGGGAACUCACAACUAGACAGAAACAGCGGGCUGAAAAGGCACGAAGAAAGGCCAAGGUAUCGAUUUAUCAUGCUGAUAUCAUCAAGGAUGAAUUUUGGAAUGUUCGGCCAUGGCUCUUGGAGUAA